UUGGAAUUUAAUUCUUUUAAUUAUAUGAUUGAUCAUACAACAAGCUUUCGAGCAUUGGCGAAAUUUUCUGGUAGUAAUGUUAAUGGGGCUUCGACGACUUUAAAAGACAAUCAACCAAAAAAUUCAAAAAAGUCUUCCUCGUCUCCCAAUUUCCAUCUCUAUAGUUGGCAUGCAAAUCAAAUUUUGGCAGAUAUUACACAACUACGAGAUUUGAUUUUGGAUAAAAGAAAGGAAUAUAUUCUUUGCAGUAAUGCUUUUUCGAUUUAUGGAACUCAAAGGUUUAUGUCUGAUGCUGACAGGAAAAAAUUUGAUAGAGAGACAGAUAUUGCUAUCAAAAAUUGCACCAAAUUAAUUAAAGAUUUAAAUAUUCGAAUAAAUUCUGACAAAUCUUUACGUGCUGGAGAUGAAUGUAAACACUUGACAGCUGUUAUUAAUUUAUUAAAUGUUUAUUUGAAAGAAGUUUUGGCGAUUGUUGCGCAAUUAAGAGAAAUUUAUCUUCGGAAAGCCAGGCAAAUUAGAAAAAUAUGCCGACUUGCAAAUUUGGUAGAAAUGUAUGGGCCUAAAAUAGAAGAUGCACAAAAAGAUGAAGAAGAAAAAGAUGCCAAUCUUGCAAAAAUGCGUUUAGAAUUGGAGAAAAACGAAAAAUUUUAUAAAAACAAAAAACGAAAAGAACAACAACAUAUCGAAAAUAAAGAAAAUUUGACAAAAAAUAUUUCAACAAAAAUUGAAAAAUCUUCAUCUAAGGAUGGUUGGGAGGAUGUAGAAUUGGAAUUAUUAGACAAUGAACCUAAAAUUGAAAGAAUUGAUGGUUGGUCUGAUGCUGAUUUGGAGAUGGAUGAUAUUCCUGAACAAAAAUUAGUAGUACAUAAAAGCCCUAGUCCUCAUGAGAAGGCUUCUGUAGAUAAAGUUGAGUAUAAAGAUGAAGAACAAACAGCACCAUAUGAACCAACAAAUAAAGAUGAACAAGUGCAAUUAUUUGAUGAAAAUAAAAAAAUGCUUGAGCGAUUUACAGCAACUGAUUCAGAAUUGCAUUUAAUUGAGUCUAAAGUAGCCGAAAUUCAACGACUUCAAAAUGUGUUUUCAGAAAAGAUUUGUGAACAAGAGCAAAAUAUUGAUUUAAUCCAUUCAAGGACUAUUUACACUUUGGAUAAUUUACAACAGGCAAAUGAUUAUAUUCGAGAAGCUAUUAAAAAUCAAGCUAAUCGGAGAGUUAUAACGAUAUUUUGUUUGUUAGUUUUGACGUUUACUUUACUCUUUCUUGACUGGUAUAAUCCAUAA